UGGCCAAACAUCCAGCCAGCGCGCUAGGCUUUGUUCCCAGAAACAGGUUUCCAAAACGCUGCUCCUUCUCGGCUCCAGUUGUUUUCUUGCCGAGUGCAGGAGGCCCGAGAGCGGCGGCUGCAGUCGCCCGGCUGCUGCUUUGUGGCCCAGGAAGGACCUGACCCACUGCCUCCUCAGCCUCCUCCUCGAACGCGGGAGCCAGCACGAGCGGCUCACGGCGGGACCCUCGCGAACGCACUCCUGAUUGGCUGCCCCCGGAGACGUCAACGGGAGGCCCCCCGCGGUGGGGUAGCGCCCGGCUCCGCGCGUGCGCAGAGGGAGUGCGCUGGACCAAGGGGGAGGUGCCCGGCCGCUUCUCCCGCGUCCGCCAUUUUGUUGCUGUGGCUAUUGGGAACGGGCUGGGUGAAACGGCCCGGGAGGCGCGACUCUCGUUGGAGUAGGCUGCUUCGGGUGACGGCGAGGGUCGCUGCGGGCUCCUGAGGCUGCGGAGCCGGCGGCUUCCAGGACAGAAGUCACCGGAGCCACCUCUGGACGCCGGGUAGCCGAGAAGCCCGAGGCGGCCUCCGCUACUGCUCCGCUUCACCCACCUCGACCCCGGGGCUUUGCCCAGUGUUCCCUGGCCGGCUCUUUCCGUGAGGCGGCCCGGUGCAGGCGGGCGGUGGCGGAGGAUGCUGCGGGGCCCGGAGCCGAGGGUGAGGUCCUGACCCAGCCCUCUGAUUGCUCUUCCGAGAGGCCCUUCCUCGGCCCCAAAGCCGACAGCGGGUAAAGGCUUCGCGAGCAGGCGAGAGCAGCAGACGCCGCCCAUCCCCGGACCCCAACACCAUGUCGUCCGCCAGGUUUGAUUCUUCAGACCGCUCUGCCUGGUACAUGGGACCAGUGUCUCGCCAGGAGGCGCAGACCCGUCUCCAGGGCCAGCGCCAUGGCAUGUUCCUAGUCCGGGACUCCUCUACCUGCCCCGGGGACUAUGUACUGUCCGUGUCCGAGAACUCGCGUGUCUCGCACUACAUCAUCAAUUCCCUGCCCAACCGCCGCUUUAAGAUCGGGGACCAGGAGUUCGAUCAUUUGCCGGCCUUGCUGGAGUUCUACAAGAUCCACUACUUGGAUACUACCACCUUAAUCGAACCAGCGCCCAGGUAUCCAAGCCCACCAAUGGGUUCUGUCUCAGCACCCAACUUGUCUGCAGCAGAAGAAAAUGUGGAAUAUGUACGGACUCUCUAUGACUUUCCUGGGAAUGAUGCUGAAGACCUCCCCUUUAAAAAGGGCGAGAUUCUAGUGAUAAUAGAAAAGCCUGAAGAACAAUGGUGGAGUGCCCGGAACAAGGAUGGCCGGGUUGGGAUGAUUCCUGUUCCUUAUGUUGAAAAGCUUGUGAGGUCUUCGCCACAUGGAAAGCAUGGAAAUAGGAAUUCUAACAGUUACGGCAUCCCAGAACCUGCUCAUGCGUAUGCUCAACCUCAGACCACAACUCCUCUACCUACAGUUGCCAGUACUUCUGGGGCAGCGGUCAACCCUUUGCCAUCCACACAGAAUGGACCUGUCUUUGCAAAAGCAAUCCAGAAGAGAGUACCCUGUGCUUAUGACAAGACUGCCUUGGCAUUGGAGGUUGGUGACAUUGUGAAAGUCACAAGGAUGAAUAUAAAUGGCCAAUGGGAAGGCGAGGUGAAUGGGCGCAAAGGGCUUUUCCCUUUCACACAUGUUAAAAUCUUUGACCCUCAAAACCCAGAUGACAACGAGUGAUUGCUGUUGCUGUCCCUGCUGCUGCCUUGUCCUGCCUGUCAUAAUCUCCUUUGAAGUGGGAAGCACUCUCCCAUGCAAGUCACAGCGAGCUGCUGGGCCACUCCCACACAUUGGUGGUCUCCUGCACAUUUGGAAUGCCUCCAGCGGCUGCCUCUUGGCAUUUGUAUCAUAGUCAUGCUGUCAAAGAGUAGCUGAUUUUAGAGUUCUUCUGGAUUAUAAACUGGAAAUACUGGCGGAAGCACACAAGUCAAGAGAAUUGAACACAGAAAGGGUCUUCCUUCUCAUCGCUGCCUUGUUUAUACUUGAGGCUGACUGUUGUGCUCGCCAUAGAAAGUGUGGGCCUGCUGAUGGUCCACUCAGAGGGUUAGCCUCGGCAAGCUCUUGCUGUUGCCGGGCUGUAGAGCAGUGGCUGUGCCAUCAACUUGUUUUUCUUUGAACAAUAGAGGAAGUAAACUCCAGACAGUUCUGUCCAAACUCCUGAAAUUUGGCUUGUUUCCACUUUCUUUUGUUUAGCUUUGGUUUUGGAAGACUAAUUCAUUAGAGUUGUGUGUGUUCUGAACAGAUUUUUAAAUAGUAGGUUGGAUUUUUGUGAUAGUCUAAGGAACAGUGCGUGUCCCUGAGCUUCCAAACUGAAGCUGCUGUAUGUAACUAAAGGAAAAUGAAGACACCCUGAAGCAGAGGCCUUUAUCUUUUGUUACCUUGUGUACCGCUUGGCAAACAAAGCCCACACAGCAGCAGCCAUGGUGUGCCGUGCUGUGUGCAGCCGGGAAGCACCAGGGCGAGCCACUGAUGAUCUGUGGAGACUGUUGCUGUCACAGUUGCCAUUGAUAGGAGCAGAAAGAGUGGAGCGCUUGGUCAGUUCUGUCUAGCUUUUCAAUGAGUACACCCCUUUAAGAACUAAAAUUAAGUUUAUAGAAUUAGUGCAUUCAGCACAAAGUCCUGUUGGCCCCUCCUGUCCAGGCUGCAUGAAAGUGGUGGUGCUGUCUGUCCUGCUUCCAUAGCCUAAGUGGAACAGAGCACAGUGCUCCUGAGCAAAGAAAAUGCAGGCUCUGGAACCCCUAACCCAUAUACCAUGAGCCAACAUGCAAGCCAGCUGAUACAAAUGUGUGUCUGACCCCUCAUCCACACAAAGUAUGCUCUGUUUCAGCUGAACCCUGAUGAGGACACACAACACCACAGCAGUCGCAGAAAUGUAGCGGUGACUUAGUGAAUAGUUCCAGCAUUUACAGAACAGCUAGCUGUAACUGUGACCCUGGCUCUGAGACUCUUAGGCUGUGAGAACCAAGGGAACAUAUCCUGGAGGCAAAACUAACACAGCCAUUUGUCUGCUAUAUUUAUUCUCUUAAAGACUUUUUUGUUGUUGUUGUUUAAUGUUGUGUAUAUUGGCAUGGUAGCACACACCUUUCUUUAAUUCCAGCACUAGGAAAGGCUGAGGUAAGCAGGUCUCAGAGUUCAAGGCCAGCCUGCCUGAUCUAUGUAGUGUGUUGUAAUCUGGACAACCAGAUGGAUAUAGACUGUUUCAGAGCCCCCCACCCCCUAAAAAAGUGUAUGGGCGUUUUGCCUGCAUGUAUGAAUGUGCAUCCCAUAGGUGCAGUGCCUAAGGAGGCCAGAAGAGAGUGUUGGAUCCUCUGGAACUGGAGUCACUGUGUGGGUGCUAAGAAUUGAACCUGGGUCCUCUGUAAGAGCAGCAAAUCUCUUUAAAUCAGUAUCCCAUCAGGCUGAUAAGUGCCAUAUUUUAGUGUUCAUGUGACAAAAUGGUUAUUUGGGGUUUGAGGGUAGUAUCAUGUCUACCUAUCUGUGUCUUCCUAGAUGUCAGCUCUUUUCCAUCUCUGGAAGCUGCCGUUUUUUUUAGCCAGAUCUAUUGAGUGAGCCCCAAACUGCCUAGAACAAUACUUGCCCUCUGGCUAGUGGCCAGCCCGAGGCCUUUUGAUACCUGCACUGAGUACAUGCCUUGUUCACAGAGGACACAGCCUCCAAGGAAUCGCACCCCAUCACUGGGGCUUGAGCCUCAUGCCUUACACAUGCUAGGUAAGCCCUCUACCACUGAACUCUUCUUUAAAUUUUGAGAUGGGAUUUCCAUAAAUUGCCCGUGCUGGCUUUGAAUUUUCCAUCCCAGCCCCAGCUGAAAUUACAAACGUUUGAGGCACCACACCCAGCUCUUAAGGUCUUUUCAAACUACAUUUAACUGAAGGGCUUGGGUGUCUUGAUUAUAGCAGCCUGCUCAGUGCAGGCAGCCGCUUUUGAGAAUAGGAUUUCCCUUCUCAAGUCUGUUGAUGAACAAGACUCCAUGUAGAUUCAGGAUCAAAAUGCCCCAUAAACCUGGAGUUUGGUUUAUAAAACCAGCUAAUUUGGCCAAUGUUUCUACAGCUCCCUCAGGUGGACAUAAGACUUAAGUUCUGAACUCAGGAUAUGUGCCAAAAGUAGUAAUUUCCUGAAUUAGAAGCUUGUCAGUUUAUUAAUCAGGAAAAUUUUCCUUUCACACUGAUAGAAAGUGGCAUCUUACUAGGUCCCACUCUCUGGAAAGACAUGUAGCCUCGGAGGGGAGUGGGAUCCAGGGAUGGCUUUCCUUCUGUGACGGUCACUGCAUGGGCUGCUCUGCUGUGUUAGACUGGGAUGACAACCCUCUCACUUUUGCUGUUGUGUCUGAGAAGGGAAUGACUAGGUUGCCAGGGCACAGACGGCUAGAUCAAGUCCUGUCACCUGGGCAGGACCUCCCUGCAGAAGGCAUCCUUGGCACUCUGCACUGCUUUGACGCCACCUGUUGCAGGGUUAACAGGGUGCACGGCUUUGGUCACCCAGACUCAGAACCCUCUGUGCUCACCGGAAGAGACUCUGUGCCCUCCCUUGGAGUUGCACGUUCCUGGCACUGUGCCAGCCUUCCUCUACACCUGUUUACAGACAAGAUGGGCCAGGAUUGAUGGCCACUGCUCUUGUAACUUUUGCUCAGAAGAAUAAUGAGCUUUUUUUUUUUUUAAGGGAUGAUGUGUUUUUGUUCUAGGUGUUUAUAAUUUAAUCUUUUAAUAUUAUGUUCAUUAACCUCUUAAAAUGAGUGAAUUCUUGAUUGUUUUAACACAGUACCUAAGACUAAUGCUUUCUGUGGCCUCCUCACCACAGGACCAGAGAACCACAUCCCUGGUAACUGCUGUGAGUGUGGACACUGAGCUGCUUGUAUAUUCUAAAGGAGCAGGAGGACAGUUCUCUGAGACAGGAGGAACAGUGGCCUUGCUUCUAGACGGUCUUCACUGUGUGUUUUAAAAUGACAUAAAACUCUUUUGACAUGUAUAACUUAAAGAUCAUAAGUGUCAGGCAAUAAUAUUUUCUGUGUAAGCUUUUAAAAUUAUUUUUGGGGAUUAUAGCUUGUUUUAUUUUGUGCUAUAAAAUUAACAGUAUUAAAUGACUUAUAUUCUUAGAAUACAGUGAGUGUCUUUUCUUAACAGAUUAGUGCCUUUUUAUUUUUGUAUUCCAUUUUACGUUACUGGUCCCAGCAUCAAAACCCUUGUUUCCAUGGCCUGUUUGUACAUUGUCUCAAUAAAACUUGCACCAGCUGGCGGUGGCAGCAGC